GUGUCUUUGUAUCCAGUGUUGUUCUGGUCUUACAACAGCGAGCACUUUUCAAGUUCUAUACGAUUGCCUCUGCGUUUCUGCUGGCUGUGACUUCAGUGUUGCUGAAUUACUACGCUGCUUUGCACAUCAACCUCUACAGUGCCUACUACACCGCCACGUUCGGAAUUCAGAUCUUCCCUCACAAAGGACCUUCGCUAUGGAUGGCGCUUUCCAUCCUUCAGCUUACCUUUGGAAUUGGGUAUGUUACCUUGUUAAACAUGCAGUCCGUGUACUCUCAACUCAUCAUCCUGGAUAUACUGAUUCCUGUCAUCGGCUUGGUUGUUGAACUGCCCUUAAACGUCCGGCAGAUACUGGUUUUUGUUUCAGGCCUGGUUCUGACACUGAAUACCACAGCCAUUCUAGUGAGGAAGAUCAAAUGGUUCUACUAUUCGGUGCGGUACGUCUAUCUGCUGGUGAGGCACAUGUACCGCAUUUACGGGUUGCAGCUGCUGAUGGAAGACACGUGGAAGAGGAUUCGGUUCCCAGCCGUACUGCGUGUCUUCUGGCUGACGAGACUCACCGCCCAGGCUGUGGUACUGACAUACGUGGUAAAGAUGGCCGAAACCAACACGGAAGAACAAUUCUUCCUGAUAUCGUGGGAUAACUGCUGGGAGCUGAUCUGCAGUCUGAUCAUCAGCGGGUGCGACUCCACCUUAACCGUGUUGGGCAUGAGCGCCGUCAUUUCCUCCGUAGCGCAUUACCUGGGGCUCGGCAUCCUGGCCUUCAUCGGGUCGACCGACGAGGACGACAAGAGGCUUGGGUUCGUGGCGCCCGUCCUGUUUUUCAUCCUGGCUCUGCAGACUGGUUUGAGCGGGCUGAAGCCAGAAGAGCGCCUGGUUCGCCUGAGUCGGAACAUGUGCCUUUUGCUGACCGCGGUCCUGCACUUCAUCCACGGCAUGACGGACCCCGUGCUGAUGUCCCUGAGUGCCUCCCACGUGUCGUCCUUCCGCAGACACUUCCCCGUGCUGUUCGUUUCCGCUUGCCUCUUCGUCCUCCCCGUUCUGCUCAGCUACGUUCUCUGGCACCACUAUGCACUAAACACGUGGCUCUUUGCGGUGACGGCCUUCUGUGUAGAGCUUUGCCUAAAAGUCAUCGUUUCUAUCACUGUUUAUAUCCUGUUUAUGAUUGACGGUUACUAUAAUGUGCUGUGGGAAAAGCUCGACGAUUACGUCUAUUACGUUCGUUCGACUGGCAAUAUUAUUGAGUUUAUAUUUGGAGUGAUUAUGUUUGGCAACGGAGCUUACACCAUGGUCUUUGAAUCGGGAAGCAAGAUCCGUGCUUGCAUGAUGUGUCUACACGCCUACUUCAACAUCUACUUGCAAGCAAAGAAUGGCUGGAAGACUUUUAUAAACCGCCGGACUGCUGUGAAGAAAAUAAACUCGCUUCCAGAGGUGAAGGGCAGCCGGUUACGCGACAUAGACGACGUCUGUGCAAUCUGCUACCACGAGUUCACCACCUCUGCUCGCAUUACUCCUUGCAACCAUUACUUCCAUGCACUUUGUCUUCGGAAGUGGCUGUACAUCCAGGACACCUGCCCUAUGUGCCAUCAGAAAGUGUAUAUUGAGGACAAAGAAAGUGCCAGUAUGUCCAACAACAAUGGGUUUGUGGCACCAAAUGAAAAUCCUGUACAAGCUGCAGAGGAAGCUGCUGAUGCUGAAAAUGAAUUAAAUGAAGAUAACGAUAGUUCUGAUAGCAAUGAGGAAGACGAUGACUGUGUGGCACACGAGACUCUUAAUGUUGACUCUAACUCUCUCGGUGAUUAAGAUGCCCUUUACUAAGUGUGAGGUAUUUGUUUGAGAUUGACUUCAACAGAAUAAAAGGAUCACUUUGUAGUUAUUGUACUUAAGCACAACAGCAGUAUCUCAGUGUUGAGUCUGUGAAUGGUGGUUGUUUACUGUGGUGUGUGCUACUGUAAAUAUACUUCUAAUUUUUGCUGGUCUCUUUCUUGACCACCUUAAAAUUGUGUACAUUAUUGUACAUGGAAUAAAAUGUUUUCACAUGUUU